AUGAAAUUAUCAAAAAUAUUCUUAUUUUUUAAUUUGUUGUCAUUUAUUCAUUUAUUAGAGAAAUACUUAUCAUCUGAGAUUAAAAGACUUGGUCAUUCUUCAAUAAAAGAGUCUAAAAAUACUCCACAUUUACAAACUUCCCUUUCAUCUAACACAUUUGAAGAAACAGAAUUACUUGACGAUUACAAUUCAGAACAACAAAAAAAAUCAGAAUGUGAUAAUGCAUAUUUUGACGAUAAUCUUUGUUGCUCAUACGUACUUAUAGAACCAUUAAAUGAAAAAAACUGUAAUCCUAGAAAAAAUAAUAAAAAAUUAAGAAAAGGAAAAUUUACAUUUAACGAAGAUUUGUCCCUCGAUUGCUUUUGCUACUCUUCAUGUGAAAGUCUGAAUGAAUUAAUUGAAAACACUUAUGAAUCUCGUAAAUAUUACAGAAAAAAAUCAGAAGUCGAUGAUGAUUUAUUUUUAGAUUCUUUACCUAUCUAUGAUAAUGAUUAUUCUUUAAAUGAUCCUGGUGAAUUUUCCCAGGAAAAAGUUGAUAAUUUAGCAAAAAAUACACAAAUAGAGAAUGAACAAUUGCAAGAUAGUGAUGAUUCAAAUCACUCGAAUGCUGUACAAUGUGAUAUUUUAGAAUCAAUUUAUAAGAAAAAAUAUACUUCUUCAGAUAUUUUUAAACUAAUAAAAAGGGAGGCUGAAAUUUUAGAAGUAAAACUUAGUUUAAAAGAUUACACAUUUUCAAGUAGUUCAGAAGAUGAUGAAUCGUCUUCUGAGGGAGAUAUAUCAAAAUUUACAAAAGUCAGAUUUAAUAUCUUUGAUAAAUUUAAUGUUAAUUAUACUUAUGAUAUGUUUCUUAAGAGUCACAACUUAAGUAAUUCUAUGCGAAAUGAUAAUAUGUUAUCUGCUGAGCCUUUUGAACUUGAUAAUAGUUAUCAUAGGGUUACUACAUAUAUUUAUUUUAAGAAGUAUGUAUUAAAAUUAUUAUAUGAUGGUUAUAAAGAAUUAGAAGAAAUCGAUAAAAUACGUGCAUUGUUAAAAAUAAAAGAUUUAAAUGACUUUACUUCCAAAAUAUCAUGUAUGAAUUUAGUAUUUCUCACGAAUGAAGAAAAAGAAGAUUUACUUAUAGAUGCUGCACUUCUAUUAUAUAAAGCAUAUAAAAGUGAAAACCAAUUUUAG